GACACUCAUUAGCCAUUGGGUAUCGAUUAUAAUCGAUGACCAAUAACAGGAAGUGAAUCGACUGGAGGACAAGCAUAUAUUCACCGGCUGCAUGCGUAAAUUAUGCAUUUGUAAAAUUCUCCAAAAUGACGUCUUACACGGAUAAAGGACCGAAGCCCGAGGCUGGCAAAUUCCUCAACUUUGAUCACAUCACGUUUUGGGUUGGAAAUGCGAAACAGGCAGCUUCGUACUAUUGCACCAAGCUAGGAUUCGAACCUCUAGCUUAUAAGGGUUUAGAAACCGGAUCCAGGGAGGUGGUGGCCCACGUAGUGAAGCAGAACAGGAUUUAUUUCGUUUUUGCCUCGGCCCUGACGCCGGGAAAUAAAGUGAUGGGAGACCAUCUCGUAACUCACGGAGAUGGAGUCAAGGAUAUUGCAUUUGCUGUGGAGGAUUUGGAUGCCAUCGUGAAGUGUGCGAGACAACGCGGAGCGAGAAUUGUGAAGGACAUAUGGGAAGAGAAAGACGAACAUGGUUCAGUUAGAUUUGCCGUAGUUCACACUUUUGGAGACACGACGCACACCUUGGUAGAACGAUCUAAGAACUACAAUGGAUUAUUCCUUCCGGGUUACAAGAAACCUCUUCUCGGAGAUUCUCUUCUCUCCAAACUACCUAGUGUAAAGCUGGAUUUUGUGGAUCAUUGCGUGAGCAAUCAGCCAGAUAACAUGAUGGUUCCGGUUACCAAGUGGUACGAGAACAGUUUGAUCUUCCAUCGCUUCUGGUCCGUCGACGACAGCCAGAUCCACACGCAAUUUUCGGCACUCAGGUCCAUCGUGGUCACCAACUACGAAGAAACUAUCAAGAUGCCCAUUAACGAGCCGGCUCCAGGCAAGAAGAAGUCACAAAUUCAGGAGUACGUAGAUUACUACGGAGGACCGGGAAUCCAACAUAUUGCAUUAAACACCAAGAACAUAAUCGAAACGAUAAAGAAUCUGAAAGAAAGAGGAACGGAAUUUCUGUCUGUCCCGGACACUUACUACACGACACUUCGAGAGAACCUGAAAGACUCCAAAGUCAAGAUAAAAGAGGAUUUGGGAAUGCUUCAAAAAUUGAAGAUCUUAAUCGACUACGACGAUAACGGAUACCUUCUGCAGAUCUUCACUAAACCCAUGCAGGAUAGACCCACCCUCUUUUUAGAGGUCAUACAACGUCACAAUCAUAAUGGCUUUGGAGCCGGUAACUUUAAAGCUCUAUUUGAGGCCAUUGAAUUAGACCAGGCGCAGAGAGGAAAUUUGUAAAUGGAGACAUCUGCCUCAGUCCUAUUGGUGUGUAAUGCUAAAAGCUGAAUACCCAAAAAUAAAUGUCUUAAAUUUCUCAAUGAUGAGCAGCCAAGUUUAUGAUACUUCUAUGUAAUGUUUGGUUCCAAUUACAAAUAUAUUUACAUAAAACAAUCA